ACCGCUGUUUAAGUGUUUUUCGAAUUGGUGAGUAAAUUUUACCUCUGUUACAUUUUUAAUGUUUGUGUAGGUAUAUAGAUAAUCUACAAGUUUUUAUUUUUAAAUCUGCAAAUACAUGCUACUAUUGUAAUAUAUUGGUAGAAUUGUAGUUUUAAAAUAUCGCUUAUUUUGUUAACUGGCUACCAUUUUUGUAAAAUAUUCUAGUCGGGGCUAGUUGGCCCAUAUUAGCUGGGGUUAGUUAGCCAUAUGGCGAACUAAACCCUGGUCUUUUAUUGUGCUUACAUACAAAACGAAAUCUUUUACUUUUUAGAAAAAAAAAUGAGAACAUACAAAAGGAAAAGUGAGAAGGGUAAAACCCCGUACGAUAUUAUGAAGCGAGCAGUGAAGGUUGUCCUUGAAGAAAAUUUUUCGGUCAGAAAAGCUGCAAAAAAUUUUGAGAUACCAAGAAAAACCUUAGAAAAAUAUUGCAAAAAAUUUAUGGCAGUUCAGGAACAAAAUGGAAAUUUGAUAAAUAUUCAAAUAGGUUACGCUAAAAGCCGACAGGUGUUUUCUACUGAACAGGAAGAACUUCCAAGAAACCCCCCAAAAUAUAAAAUCGAGAUUUGUUUGUACUGGAUGUCCCUUUAAUAGAAAUAUUUUUGGGGAGCAAGAUUUCUUACCUGCGUAGGUAUACAACCGAUGGGCCUCCAAAUACAGUGAUUGCACCAAAUUAGAUGAAUAAUAGCACAUUAGAAAUUAACUACCAAAUAGCCAAAUUAACUACUCAAAAAAAAAUAAACAAUCAUCUUGAAGAUAAGAAGAAUUUAUACACCAAUAAAAGAUGAGCUUGAGUUAGAGAAGCAGCAGAGAAAAAAGAAGAAGACAAAGCAAAGUAAAGCAGGUUUAACCCUUAAACGCCCAAGGGUGGGUAAAAAAUGUCCACCUAAUGCGUAUUCCCUUGUAACAUAUUUAUUACGUGUUUAAAUUUUUUUUAAAAAUUAUUUAUUGUUAAAAAGACAGCCCAUUAUCGAAUGUUAAUUUGGUUCUACCAAUAUUUUUGAAAAUAAAAGCAGCAUCUUGAGUUAAAUAUGGAUGGGCAUAAAAAGUACACCCUUGGCAAAACUUGUUACUAAAGGUUUCUAUAUAAUUUCUCGUUGGUAGGAAGAUAAUCCAUAUAAUUAUCGAUGUAUAAUUACAUAAUCUACAUAAUUAUCCCCCAAUGAGGAGGCUGAAAGAAAGAAUAUGGAGAAAAUCGACAAAUCUGAAUUACUGGC